AUGUCGGACGUUGUGUAUCCUCCACAGCUGCUGGAGGCUGCUGCUGCCUCUCUUCCUCCCAGCACAGCCCCCUCAUCUGUCUGUGUUGCCGGCCUCAGCAACACAACAACAGCCAACACCACGUCUAAUACAACUUCCAAUACCACCUCCAACACGACAUCUACCACCACAUCCAGCGCGACUUCCAAUACGACAUCCUAUGCAACGUCCAAUACAACAUCGAGGACAGCAUCCAAAGUCGACCUACUCUACGACAGCGAGGCCGAGAAGGCAGCACGCUAUACGGAAACGGAGCAUUCCCUAACCUUUUGCGGCGCCAUAAAGCUCUACUAUCCAGCUGUCUUGUGGGCACUGGUCGUCAACUUCGCAACGCUCUGCCAGGGCCUGGACGGGCAGGUUAUCGGCGCCCUCGUGGGCAUAAAACCCUUCAAGCAACAUUUUGGUGUCGAGUACCAAGGCGACUACAUCAUCGAGGCACACUGGCUGGGCGCAUUCAACUAUGCCAACAAGGUCGGCUCUAUCAUCGGGGCCUUCUGCGCUGGGAUGGCCUACGACCGCCUCGGCCUACGGAAAGUCAUCGCCCUCAGCUCAUCCCUGUCCAUCGCCUUCGUCUUCGUCGAGUUCUUCGCCAGCCACCCAGCACAGCUCGUCGCCGGCAUCCUGCUCAACGGCUGCGUCAUCUCCUUCUUCACCGUCUGUGCCACCGCCUACGUGGGCGAGGUGUGCCCCGUCGUGCUGCGCGGCUUCGCCGCCUCGGCCAUCAACAUGCUCCUCGUCGCGGGCCAGCUCACGGGCUCGGGCAUCCUCAAGGUCGCCAGCAACAUCACCUCGCAGUGGGCCUACAAGUUCCCCAUCGCCAGCCAGUGGCCCCUGCCCGUGCUCAUGCUCCUCUUCACCCUCGGGCCCUUCUGCCCGGACCCGCCCUACUGGCUGUGCAAGCGCGGCGAGUACAAGGCGGCAGAGCGCUCCCUCAGGCGCCUCGCGUCCGCCGACGUCGACCCGUCCCUCAAGCUGAGCUUCGUCCGCGAGACGCUGCGCGCCGAGAACGAGGCCAAGCAGGGCGCCCCUCCGAGAAUGCGCGAGUGCUUCCGGGGCGCGGACCUGCGCCGCCUCGUCAUCUGCCUCAUGACCUACGCGAUCCAGGCCCUCGUGGGGGCCGUCGUGUUCCACGACUUUGCCGUCUACUUCUUCGAGCUCUCCGGGCUCAGCGCCGGCGACGCCUUCACAAUGAACGUCGGCGUCAACGCGAUUGGUUUUGCCGGCUCGUGCGCCGCGUGGUGGUUCCUGCAGUUCCUCGGCCGCCGCGACGCAUACCUCUGGGGCUGCAUCAUCCUCGCGCUCCUGCAGGGCGGCAUCGGCGUCUUGGACCUCGUCCCUCGCCCAUCGACGGGAACGGCUCCCUCUUCCUGGGGCCAGAGUGCGCUGAUUGUCACGUGCAACCUCGUCUACGACAUCACCAUCGGCCCCUACGGCUUCGUCCUCAUGUCCGAGGUGUCCUCGGCCCGGCUGCGAGGCUUCAACAUCGGCCUCUCCUCUGCCUUCUACCAGAUCUGUGCCAUCGCCUUGGCUGUUGGCGUUCCGUUCCUCAUCAAUAAGGAUCAGGCUAAUCUCGGAGGCAAGAUCGGGUUCAUCUUCGCCGGAAUUGGUGGCCUCUGUGCGCUGUUCUGCUUCCUCUGUCUCCCCGAGACCAAGGGCCGCACUUUCGAGGAGCUGGACCACAUGUUUGCGAUUAACCUGCCAUCCAGAAAGUUCAAGGACUUUGGGUUCGAACACGACGACGAGAUGAUGGAUUUUGAGAGCCAGAGCAAAGACCAGACAAGGGACAAAAGCGAAGGGGAGCAGUCGGCCAGCCCUUAG